GUUUUUAAGAUAUUAAUAAAAAACUUUCGGACUAUGUAGUCAAAUAUUUUGCUACAUCGAUCAAGAACAAGCAGUGCUCGUUGUAGCAGUCGGUGACUCUUAUACCGAUUGAUGUGGAUUGCGAAAUCGAGAUUCACCAUUAAUACUGAAUACACUAUAGAGUGUGCACUAAAAACGUUUACUGAAAUCUGAGUUUGUCCAGUUACCAUAAAGUGAUUGGAGUAUAAAUUAAAGAAAAAAUAAACGAAAAUGUUUCAUAUUAUUGCCCAUGACAUAGAUAAAAAGCCACGGACAAAAGAUGUUAAAAUACAAGAGGAUAUUACAUUUUUUCAAAUGGGAUUUUCUCAAAAUAUUUUGGAUGGAUUAUCCGUUUGUGGUUUCCAAAAACCUUCACCUAUACAGUUAAAAGCAAUUCCUUUAGGAAGAUGUGGUUUUGAUUUAAUAAUACGUGCCAAGUCUGGGACUGGUAAAACUUUAGUAUUUUGUAUAAUAUCACUUGAAAUGAUUGAUGUAGAUAUAUCCUCUGUGCAAGUAUUAAUAUUGGCACCUACUAGAGAAAUUGCUGUACAAAUUGCACAAGUCUUUUCAUCUGUAGGUUGCGAAAUAAAAGGUUUGAAGGUUGAAGUAUUUAUAGGAGGAACAGCUUUAGAAAGUGAUAAAAAGAAAUUGAAUGAUUGUCAUAUAGCUGUUGGUGCCCCAGGCAGAGUUAGACAUUUAAUUGAUAAAGGAUUUUUAAAAGUUGAAAAUGUUAGAUUAUUUAUUCUUGAUGAAGCAGAUAAAUUAAUGGAAACCAGUUUUCAGAAAGAUAUUAACUAUAUCUUUUCAAAAUUACCACGAAGUAAACAAGUUAUAGCAUCAAGUGCCACUUAUCCAGGAGAUUUGGAAGUAUUUUUACAAGCAUAUAUGUGCUCCCCUGUUUUAAUAUCUCCAGAUAAUAAUGAACCAAUACUUUUUGGACUGACACAGUUUGUAACAAUUAUUCCUUCUCAUCCAAAUGCUAUGAAACAGGUUCAAAUAAAGAUAGACGAAUUAAUAAAAAUAUUUAACAAAGUUCCAUUUAAACAAAGUUUAGUUUUCUCAAAUUAUCAAGCAAGAGCUCAAUCUGUAUGUAAUAAAAUUAAUACUAUGGGUUUUACAGCAACUUUUAUUGCUGGAAAUCAGGAUAUGAAUAAAAGACUGGAAGCAAUUAAUAAAUUAAAGACUUUUAAAUGUAAAAUAAUGGUAACAACUGAUUUAACUGCAAGAGGUAUUGAUGCAGAUAAUGUGAAUUUAGUUGUAAAUCUUGAUUUACCUAUAGAUGCACCAACAUAUUUACACAGAAUAGGACGAGCAGGACGUUAUGGAUCUUAUGGGCUUUCCAUAACAAUAAUUGCAGAAAAUGAAUUAGAAACAUUAGAACGAUUAUUAAACUCUGUGGGAGGCCCAAAUUUUUAUGUAUUGAAACUUCCUUCAGAAUAUCCAAAUGAUAUAUGGACUACUUCCAGUACAAAAUUUGAAAAAAUUUAUGCAAAGUGUGAUGGUGAUAAAAAUCAAUUUGAUGUUGAGCCUGUCACUGAAGCUAUAAGUGAAUUAUCGAUAAAUAGAGAAGAACACAAUAAUAUAAAGUCAGAUGUUAAUAAAACAGUAAAUGAUAUAAAUAAAGAAGUUGCAGAUAAUAAGCAAUUUUCUAAUGUGGAAAAAGCAAAGGAUAACAUAAUUAAUCUUUUCCGUUCAAAAAAUAUGUCUAACUUACAAAAUAAAAUAAAAGUUAAUUCUUUAUUUGUGUCAAGUACUAAUUUAAUAAAUGAAUCGGAAAAUACUAAAAAAGAGAAGAAAAAGAUUAUAUUUACAUCAUACACUGAAUCUAAGUCGAAAGUUUUACACAGUUUUAUAUUGAAUAUCUUAACAAAUGAUCUUUCUAAUUGGCAGAAAAAUAAUGAAAAUCUGAUAUUUAAAGUUGAUUUAUCAAGUGUACAAGGAGAUGAUUUAUCAAAUUCUAAUACUAAUACAAUUAUUGAAUUCGUAAAGUAUAAUUUUCAAAAUGAAAAUACAAAAAAUUCUUCUCUUUAUUAUAAUUAUAUAAGUGCUGAUUUACAUGCUGAAGAUACAAUGGGAAAUAAUGAUAAUGAAAUGCACAAAUUAGAUGAUUCAAACAAGAAAAUUCGGGAGAAUAGUGAUGUCACAAUUAUCUCAAGUAAUGUUCAAGAUAGCGAAGAUGCUUUUGCUUUAGAAGAACUGAACUUUUAUCUUUUAAAACAUACACAAAAUUUUAAUACAUUUUAUGAUGAAUUGUGUUUAAAUGACGAGGAAAUACUAUUAAAACAAGUAUUUAGUUGGAAACAAAAACUUGAUUUUGAAAUUAAAUUAUUAAAUAAUACAAUGGAAUCUGUAAAGAAAUCUAUACAAAAGUUCAUAUAUCAAAAACACAUUGAAAUGCUUAAAGUGUUUUAUAAAGUACAAAAGCAAGCUCUCUUAUGUAUUUAUCCAGAAAUACGAAAUGACGAUGAAAUAGAUGAUACUUAUUUAUAUUUUAGAACUUCUAUAGAUGAAAAUAUAUUAGAAAUAUAUAAAGAAAUAGAAAAUUUUAAAAGUUACCAUCGAAAAUGCAAAGAAAAAUUUAUUGCAUAUUUUCCAUAUCCUACUCAAUUAAAUUCAUAUAUGCCAAAUCUUAUGAUCUCUAAAACAGAUAGAAAAGAUUAUCUCGAUGCAUUACAAUAUUUACAUUCAAAUCCUUAUCCUAGAGAAAAUUUGUUACAAAUAGCAAGUUUUGUGACAUUCAUUGAUGAGACUAAAAAGUGUGAUUUAAUACAAAAAUUAGAGAGUUUAAAUAAUUUUUCAUUUGAUAAAUUGUUGAUAGCGAUACAAACUGAAUUAUGUAAUAAGGAAUCAAUUAAAAAUGGAUGUGAAGAACAAAAAGAUAAAUUAUUAGAACAUUUAGAUACCACAAAUCGAGACAAAAAUGUUACUAAUUCAGAAAAUGAUGUUUUAUAUAAUUCACUAUCUAAUAUGGAAAACAUAACUACCGAAGCAAAGAAUAUAACUGUAAAUGAUGAUAAAUGGAAUGAAAUGAGUAAUAACUGUAACUCUGAUAAUUCUAGUAAUUCAAGUGAAUUAGGUUUGGAUAACAUUUUUAAAAUAGAAAAAAUUACACAUUGUGAAAGUUGUAAUAAUAGCACAUCAAGCACUUUUUCUAGUGAAAAUAAUAUUGCUAAGGAAUGUAAAUUCAGUGGAAAAGUAUAUGCAAAAAAUAAAUUUCCUAGAUGGAAAAAGAUUCAGGAACAAGAAGAUAAUAGUAUGAAAGACAAAGAACAAUUUAUGUAUAAAGAAACAAAAAUUCAAUAUUCAAAUAAUAUGCCAUAUAAUCAAAUUAGUAGAUUAUCUGAUAGUAGUGACACUUAUGAAAAACAAUGUAAGUCACAAGUGUCAUCAGAUUCAUCAUCCAAAUCAAUGACAGAUUGUUUAAAUCCAUCUUUUGAUUAUGAAAGUAAUUUAUUUUCAGAAAAUGUACAUAAUUUUUCUCAUUUGUCAAAUGAAAAUAAUGAAAUGGAAAUUGAUAAAUUUUUAUUAUCAUUAAGAACUGAAACAAAUCGAUUGCAUUUAGAACUUUAUAAAUUAGAACUGCUCCGUAAUUCAGGGAAGAGUUAAUUAAAGUUGAUAGUAUAAAACAAUAUUUGUAACCAAUUGCACGCGUGCAGUAUACCUCUGUGUGUGUGUGUGUAUGUGCGCACGCGUGUGCAUAUAUGAUGCUGCUUAUUGUUAGUUAGAUGUUUGACAAUGAAUUUGUGAUUAGUUAAUGGUAAACUUUAUAUUAAGAAUAUGCUGUAUAAAGGUAAAAAUUUUUUAUAAUAAUGUAAAA